AUGAGGAAUAAAAUGACUAUAACUCAAGAUAAUAAUGUUAGAGAAUAUCCAAGUUUACUUGUUACUGAAAUUUCAGAGAAGUAUAUGGUUAAGUUCAAGAAAAUUGAUGAAUUUUAAAAAUAAAUUGAGACUAGUUUUGUUUUAAAGAGUUUACAUAAGAUAAAUCAUGAGACACAUAGUUUCAGAUUAAUCAAAUUAUAGGAUACUCUAUUUAGAUAAAGAAGAAAAAGUGAAUGUGAUGGAGUGAUUUCUGAAAAAAUUGUAUUUAUCUAAGUUAUGAUAAGCUAAACAUAGAUAUGAAAUACCCAAAAACAACAAUAGAAUAACACUAAUUUUUAGAUAGAGUUAAAGCUAUGCGUAGAAAAGCAAUAAAGGGAAGAAUGAAGAAUAAAUUUUAGAAAUCUUUCAAGAAAAUAGAUACAACAAAACCUAGCUAAUUUAAUCCUUAACAUCAUCAUACAAUUUAAACUCGUGAUUCCAUAUAUGGAAGUUUAUAAGAAAUAAAAGUAUUCAGAACUUUUACCAAAGAUCGUGCUUACCAUUAACGAACAUUGAAGAAAAAAGGUUCUGAUUCAAUUUGUGAUUCUCCAUGUACACCUAGUUUUCAUAUUAGCAGAAAUACAUAGAAAAUAGGAGUAACACAAAAAUAAAAAUAAUUUGUUUUACUCUAAUUGAAUAAGUUCUACCCCAAAACUUUUGAAUUAUUAAAGAAAGAUUCCACACUAAAGAUUUUAUCAGAAACCAAAGAAAGUUAAUCUUAAAUUCAUGGUAUUACUUAAACUGCCUCAAUAAUCUUACAUAAAUUUUAACCUUACUUUUGCAAUUAAAAAGUAAUGAAUCUAAAAAAAUCUUGGAUCACCUCUUCUUCUAGAGUUAAGACUGUGUUCUGA